AAUUUUCCUACUCAUUAAUAGCUAUACAAAAGUGGAAAUCCCAACAUUUAUUUCUUUCCUAGUGCUUUCGUUUAAAAGCAAGAGAAGAAUAUAAAUUUAUUCUAAAUAUUUAAGCGCAAAGUUGUCAACAUCUUAAUGAAAGAAAAUGCCAUCAAAAGCGUGUAUUUUUCUUGUGCUCAUUCUCAUAGGAAAUGCAGAUAACAAAGAAGCAGAGAAAGCUGACUCUAUUACACAAUCUGAUGAUUCAAAUCACAUUGGUAUUGAAAGACUUCGAUAUAAAAGGGCUCUUUAUGGAGUUGAGGAUCAGUUUUUCCGGCAGUAUUUCCGCGAUAUAGGGCUUUUCCAAAACUAUGUCAACGCCAGAUCACCAGACGGUAGAAUAACAAACUGGCGCUCGUUGGGUGAUGGAACAACUUCAUACACUGACGCAAUUCGGAAGUCCACUAAUUAUUAUAGAGACCAAGCAGCAAGUGGUCGAAAUGUGGAUAGCCAAUUAAGACGGGUUCAGCAGAUUGUAGAUGAUCGGGUCGCCAGAGCUAAUCUUUUCGGAGGUCCAGAUCGAGGGCACAGCUACGCAAUCAACAACUGGCGAAAUGGACAGGAACAAAUUCAAGGAGGCCAGCGGACCUACUGGGCCACCAGGUGUGGUGGCUCUAAUGGGCGCAAAAAGAGAGGAAUUGGUGCAUUAUUCCGGGGUAUUGCACGAAUUUUCGGUCGUCGAGGUUUAAGGCGUACACGUACUGGAUUUAGACGCACACGUACUGGAUUUAGACGCACAAACUCUUUUAGAAGAAUGAGAUGCUGAUCAAGAGAAGAACGAGACGUUGAGUUUAACAACAUUCCUAGAAGCUUAUGUAGCAACACAUAAAAAAAACAAUAUUCCAGACUUAACGUUUAUAUAUUCUGUCAAACUUUUAUAUGGAUAGCUUUAUGUAAUCUCUUUACUCCACUAUUAUUCAAUUAUUAGUCGAUAUUCUUUUCCUGUAAUUAAGCAUAUUCAAAAUUAAUAAGCAAUUAUUUUCUCAUUAAAAUUUCAUU